GAGGGAGUGUGUAAAGAGAAAGAGAGCUGGAUGAAGAUCUCCGUGUCUAAUGCGUCUCACUCUCUUUAUGAAGCUCACCAUGUCUUCCUCUCUGCUCGUGUUCUUCUUCCUUCAGUUCUUCAGUCGGUCUCUCCAGCAGUUUCCUCGGCCUUGCACUUCACGGGACGUCCUGCAGAGCAAGCGUUGCUGUCCGGUUUGGCCGGGCGAUGGUUCGGUGUGCGGAUCCCUUUCGGGUCGAGGCUUCUGCCAGGACGUCACCGUGUCCGAUCUCCCCAACGGGCCUCAGUUCCCUCAUUCGGACGUGGACGACCGUGAACGCUGGCCUCUGGUGUUCUACAACCAGACCUGCCGGUGCGCCGGCAACUACAUGGGCUUCGACUGCGGCGAGUGCAAGUUCGGCUUCUUCGGUGGGAAUUGCGCGGAGAGACGGGAGUCAGUCCGCAGGAACAUCUUCCAGUUGUCCGUGACCGAAAGGCAGAGGUUCAUCUCGUACCUAAAUCUGGCGAAGAACACCAUCAGCCCUGAUUAUAUGAUCGCGACGGGCACGUACGCGCAGAUGAACAACGGCUCGACCCCCAUGUUUGCAGACAUCAACGUGUACGAUUUGUUCGUGUGGAUGCAUUAUUACGUGUCCCAUGACACGCUGCUCGGGGGUCCCGGGAACGUGUGGGCUGAUAUUGACUUCGCGCACGAAUCUGCCGCGUUCCUGCCCUGGCACCGGGUCUACCUGCUGUUCUGGGAGCACGAGAUCCGCAAGCUGACCGGGGACUUUAACUUCACCAUCCCGUACUGGGACUGGCGUGACGCGCAGGACUGUCAGGUGUGUGUGGACGAGCUGAUGGGGGCGCGCAGUCCUCUCACCCCAAACCUGAUCAGCCCGUCCUCGGUGUUCUCCUCCUGGAAGGUGAUCUGUUCUCAACCCGACGACUACAACCUUCGAGAGGUCUUGUGUGACGGGUCGCCCGAGGGACCGCUGCUCCGUAACCCUGGUAACCACGACCGGACGCGCGUCCCGCGGCUGCCCAGCUCCGCUGACGUGGAGGCGGUCCUGAGCCUGACGCAGUACGAGACGGGACCGAUGGACCGGCGGGCCAACAUGAGCUUCAGGAACACGCUGGAGGGUUUCGCGAGUCCUGAGACGGGGUUGGCGGUCACAGGUCAAAGUUUGAUGCACAACUCUUUACACGUCUUCAUGAACGGGUCCAUGUCUUCAGUGCAGGGCUCCGCCAACGACCCCAUUUUUAUUUUGCAUCAUGCCUUUAUUGAUAGCAUCUUUGAGCAGUGGCUGAGGAGACACCAGCCCCCCCGCACACACUACCCGACCGCCAACGCCCCGAUCGGACACAACGACGGAUACUUCAUGGUCCCCUUCAUCCCUCUCUACAGAAACGGGGAUUAUUUUCUGUCCACUAAAGCCCUGGGAUAUGAAUAUGCAUAUUUACUGGACCCAAGUCAGCGGUUCAUGCAGGAGUUCGUGACGCCGUAUCUUCAGCAAGCUCAGCAGAUCUGGGGCUGGCUCCUGGCGUCAGGGAUCCUGGGGGCCGUCGUAGCGGGAAUCAUCGCUACGGUCAUCGCCGUGUCGUGUCGCAGGAGGACAAAGAGGCGAAAGGCGUCGGGAUACGGGGAGAGACAGCCGCUCCUGAACAGCAGCGAAGAAGAGGGUUCAGCCUCAUACCAGACCACACUGUAAACCUGAGUGUGUGUCAGCGAGGAC